AUGAAACAACAUUUGGUGAGGAUGACAAAGAAAGCAGCACAUGUCAUUGAAAAAGAUUUGCCUGAAGAAAUUCCUUCUCAAGAGCCCCAUGACGGUAAUUGUGAUUCUUAUGGGCAGAAGGAUCAGGACAAAGUGGCAAAUUCCAAACGGAGAAAAAGAACAAGGAAAAAAGAUGUCAACACAGUGAAUGAUGAUACUUCUGAAGCAGUUGAGAAUAAUCAUGAUGAUUAUAGAUCACCUGUAUUAUUUUGUGAUGUCAGCAUCGUAAAGAAAAAG